GUUUAAAAAUAGAUUAUAUUUUGCAGAUGGUCAGUAUUCCUGCAAUUUGCUUCGCUAAAUGCGAAAAUUACUAUAUAAUUAUGUUAAACUCUACUGAUGGCCACGCCGGAUCAUUGUACGAACCUAUUCAAAAAUCCAACAUAACCUGGAAUAUAACCAAACUCCAUAAGGGCAGAGAAACAAUUGAUUUUGAUAUGUCCUGUGUAUUAGAUCUUUACUGUCAGAAUGUAACUUUUACGAUGACUGAUGAUUUUGAAGAUGACAGUAGUACAGCACCUACUGUCAUCGACAUGAAAACAGAAUCAACACCUAAAAUUACAACUGACACAAAAAUAUCUACUACAGAAGAUACAGAACCGGCUGAAGAAACAACUACUACAGAAUCUACAAUAACACAUAAAGAAGAUAGCCCCACUCCAUCAGAUGUUGAAACAGUUACUGCCAGUUCAACAAUACCAAUUAGUGAUGAGGAUACAGACGCUACAUCGAUCGCCACAAAAAAUGUUAAAAAAUCGUCAGAUCUUGAGACUACUGCAACUACUACAACUGAUAUAAAAAUAUCUACUGUAGGGGAAAAUACAUCAUUGACUGAAGAAAUGCCUUAUACAGCAACUACAGUCACACAUAAAGGAGAUAGCCCCAUUCCAUCAGACGUUGAAACAAUUACUGCCAAUUCAACAAUGACAACUGGUGACGAGGAUACAAAAGCUGCAUUAUUUGCCACAAAGAAUGUUAAUAGUACGUCAGAUCUUGAUACUACUGCAACUACUACAACUGACACAAAAAUAUCUACUAAAGGAGAAAAUGCAUCAUUGACUGAAGAAAUUCCUUAUACAGCAUCUACAGUCCCACAUAAAGGAGAUAGCCCCACUCCAUCAGACGUUGAAACAAUUACUGCCAAAUCAACAAUACCAAUUACUGAUGAGGAUACAAAAGCUGCAUUAUUCGUCACAAAGAGUGUUAAUAGUACAUCAGAUCUCGAGACCACUGCAACUACUACAAGUGAUACAAAAAUAUCUACUGUAGGGGAAAAUACAUCAUCGACUGAAGAAAUACCUGAUACAGCAUCUACAGCUACACAUAAAGGAGAUAGCUCCACUCCAUCAGAAGUAGAAACAAUUACUGCCAAUUCAACAAUACCAAUUAGUGAUAAGGAUACAGAAGCUACAUCGAUCGCCGCAAAGAAUGAUAUUGAUUUAUCAUAUCUUGAGACUAUUACCACUGAAGAUGUUUAUUCAACUGAUCCCAACAUUAUAAAUAAAGAGAAUGCAGAAUUGUUUGGUGAGCUAGAUGAUGUAGCAACAACUACAGAAACGAUAAGUGACCUUCACAAAUAUGAUCCUGAAAAGAGUAAGGCGGUAGCUAACAAGGUGAUGGCCGGCGUUGUGGGAGCUUUGGCGGCAGUGGGUGUGUGCAUUUUAGUAAAAUUCGCGGCGAAUAAAGUGGUGGAGUAUUGCGCGCACUCUGGAGUAUACCGUUUACCAGAUCCCUGAGCGUUUGAUGGAAAAUGGAAGACCAAGGGUUCGUGUCCCACCUGGGACAGUUAUUUCUCAAGUGAUAUAUCCCUACCGAGGAAAACAUAUUUAAUAUUUUAAUAGUCAUUUAGAACAAUAAGUUUGAUAACAAUAAUAUUAAGCCAUCAUUGUCAUAAAACAUCUGUGUUACUUUGUAAAUAAUAUACUAUUUAUAAUUAUGACUUAAUU